ACUACAACUCGUUCAACGUUUCGGUCGACAGCUCUAGAAAAAAUAAAUUAUUUCCGCUUUCAAAUAUUUCUACUUUGUGUGGCAAACAAUUAGCAAGCAGCAAGCAGCAACCAGCAAGCUGUAAGUUCACAUCCAGAGCGGAGGAAGCCAGGAAAGUAGCAGGACAGGCAGACAGCAAGUUCAUUUAUUUGGAGUCAGUUUGGAGACUUAUUCAUAAGCAACGAUGUCGGACAAUGGCGCUGCGUCUGGGGUGAUGAGUCUGCUGCUGUGCGGCGCCACUGGAUUUGGCUGCUGCACGAUUGGGCCACAGGAUCAUCCGUAUGCCUUUGCGGCCUGCGUGGUUGGCUUCUGUCACGGACUGCUGGGAAUGGUCGCUUGUGUCUCGGGCGAUGAGAAUGCGAAUAAAGCGAAAGAGGCCACCGCGGCACUGAUGGAGAUUGUGCCACUGCCGCUGGUCAAUGUGGAGCUGUUCCUGGGCUCCGACAGCAACAACAUUGCUCUCGGCCAUGGACUGUUCAUUGUGCCACUGGCGGCCAGUGCGCUCAUUGGCUGGGCAAAGGACACCGACGAGGUCGGCAAUGCACGCGACACGCUCAAGACCCUCACCGUGCUGGGCAACAUUACGUCGAUGAUCUUUCUGGCACUCAACGAGAGCAGCUGGCACAUAGGCGGCAUGGCGUUCCUGGCCUUCAUGGCCAAGUUCGGUGCCAACUUCUGUGAGGAUAACAUAGCCGAGGGCAGUGGCAAGCACGUGGCCUGCGUCAGCUGGUCGGGAUUCUUCUUCCUCGCCACCAUGGCCGUCGUCGGCAAGUCAAACUGAAACCCGCCAUCUAAAUUUCCCCUUAUUUCCAUUGAUUGCAAAUUACCUGCGAAAUUCACAGCCCACAAAACUCUAGUUCAAAUAUUAGACAAUUUAUUCAGGAUUAACACUGAUAAACAAUAAAAACCCCAACUCAAUAA